AAAAGAAGAAUAAUUUAGGGUUUUAACUUUCAACGACACCGUAGCUAGUAGUGUUUAAGGGGUUUUCUGCUCUGUUUUGUUGCAAUUCCGAUCAGUUCAGGUCUCGAAUCGCAGGAGAAUAAUCCACACAAUACAAUUCAAACAGCGAUGCCUCGUUACUAUUGUGAUUACUGCGAUACAUAUUUGACCCACGAUUCUCCAUCUGUGAGAAAGCAGCAUAAUGCAGGUUACAAACACAAGGCAAAUGUGAGGUCUUACUACCUGCAAUUUGAAGAGCAACAAACCCAAAGUUUAAUUGAUCAAAGAAUCAAGGAACAUCUUGGGCAAGCUGCGGCAUUUCAGCAAGUCGGUGUGGCUUUUAAUCCCAUGAUGGGUCAAAGACCUUCGCUUCCCAUAUUGCCAUCGCCAAGAUUGCCGAUUCCUGGAAAUGCAUCGGUUCUUGGUGGUCAACCACUAUUCCCAGGGAUGAGACCUCUUUUGCCUAGGCCAGGUCCUGUACAAGGAUAUUAUUCUGCACCUGGCAUACCACCAAAUAUACCUCCACCAGGUGUUCCCUCAGUACCUGGUCAAGCAAAUACCCUACCCAGGCCCCCAACACUAGCUCCUCCACCGAUGGUUCCUGAAAACAGUGCAGCACCAUCCUCCAAUGGUGCUCCCCCCAUGGUUUCAUCAGCAAUGUAUCCAGCCAAUUCAUCAGCACCAUCAACCGGAGGCUAUGAAAGUUACAAUCCCAACACUCAACCAUCAACUGGAGGCUAUGAAAGUUACAAUGCCAGCACUCAACAACCAGAGGGCAAUCGCUAACCUCGUCAAUCUAGGAUGCUGUUUUGUACGGAAUUACCUAAUACUAUACUUGUUCAAUUAAUGUUCAUUACUUAUUCUUUCCUAUUUCCUAUUGGUAAAUGGCAGAGAGAGUUAAGCAUUUGCAUAGAUCCCACAUUAGCUGCAUUCUUCAUUCGUACUGCACUGCGUAAUUUCAUAUCUGCCAUGAGAGUUCUGAUUAUAUCUUUUUAUGCUCUUCUUAUUAGUAGAUGAUCAAAUGGGGACCCUCAUCUGCUAUCUUAUAUUUGUAGCAACAACAUUUUAAGAUUUUUUCAGAAUGUAGUUUGUCAAGCGGCAUGGAUGUGAGGAAAGUUGUACGAAUUGCUAUUCCUGGAUGAAAGAACUUGUAUUUAGGUACUCGUUGCCUACAAUUUUCAUAGCAAGAGCCAUAAGCACAGAAUUUGUGAUAUGACACCUGUUGGAAAUUACUGAAAACUGCUACUGAGCAUUGUUAUUUUCCCAAAUUUAUGGAUGUAAUUGUGCGUUUAUCCUUUGAUGAAUUCCUUUUUAACAAAAUAUGUUUAGUGAAAGGUUGGAUACCCAAAAAAGGUUGAAUCUGAUGGCAAAGGUACUGCCACGAGCUGUUCUCUUUUUGGUAGAGAAUUUGUAAAUACCAUUGUAAGCUCAAAGCUUGUACUUGUAGAGUAUUAGAGUAGUACAUCACGAUGUUUGAAGAAUGAAUGAUACAUCUAUCUUCUAUA